ACAAGUAGGAAAAGCUCUCUCGUAAAGCAGGCAGUCGGAUAGGUCGACCAGUUGCCCGGGCACGGAUCGCUCUGCCUGAUCGGUCUUCCACACCUGUCUGCUUCUCUUCAUUGGCUCCCUUUUUUCUUCCUCUCUUUGAUCUUUCCUUACUUCUUCUCUUGUGUUACCCCUUUCUCUUCCAUCGUCCUUUGGAUCGCCGUCCAUUCAUUGACCACUCGCGAUCGCAGCGAUCCUGCCGAACGCGACCUUGAAAUUUAGUGAUAGUGCGAGCCUGACCUUGGCAAAUUUCUUUGUCAAGGUUGAUUAGAUAGGUCUACAGUGUCCAUUAUCAGCUGAUUUACUGGAUCGCUACCGUUCCGGCAGGUCGAGGUGGAUGCAUGAGAACGCGAGUGAUUUCAGACGGUAAAAACAACGUAAAGAGGCGGAAAUUCGAAGAAAUGAGCGCGUAGAGUGCUUUCGCCAAGCGGGAACUAGUAAUUGAUUUUGGACUUCGAUGGACCCGAUUCGGUAGCCAUGAGAAGACGAAGAAACGACUGAUAUUACGACGGGGAACUAUAUUGGUGUAGAGAAUGGAAGAGGCAUCCUCGAGAAUUCGUCCUUAUCUGGACUGGGAUAAUGCGGACAAAUACUCCGUGGCGAAUAGUCAAGCGCCGUUGCAGGGCGGCGAGGACGACCAGCCUGAGCGUGGGACGUGGACGGGAAAAUUCGAUUUUUUGUUGUCUCUUCUGGGAUACAGCGUAGGCCUCGGCAAUGUCUGGAGAUUUCCGUAUCUUUGCUAUUCCAACGGCGGCGGGGCUUUUCUAAUACCGUUCACCAUGAUGCUCAUCAUCGCCGGAUUGCCGCUCAUGUUCAUGGAGCUUUCCUUAGGGCAAUACGCCAGCCUCGGACCGGUGGCGGCUUACAAACGUUUCUGCCCGUUGCUCCGCGGCUUAGGAUACGGGAUGGUCCUCGUUAGCUCCGUUGUCAUGCUCUACUAUAAUUUAAUCAUCGCAUGGACCUUGUAUUACAUAUACGCAUCGAUCUUUGUUGGCACAGGUGGCUGGGAGCUACCCUGGAGCAAGUGCGAGAAGGAGUGGAGCACCGAGGAUUGCUUUACGCCAGAAGCUGCCGAGGUUUGUGCCUCUCGAAACGUUUCUUACUUCAAAGGAGAAUGCCUCAAUUCGACGCAAAUGACCGCAAUGGGUCUGAGCAUUGAAAACAUAGCCAGCGCUAUCAGGAGGCCGCCAGCCGAGGAAUACUUCAACAAUUAUGUCUUGAGGAUCAGUAGCGGAAUCGAGGAAACUGGAUCUAUUCGACCGUCUAUGGCAACAUUUCUCUUUCUGGCAUGGAUAAUCGUUUUCCUCUGUCUGAGCAAGGGUGUCAAGAGCUCGGGCAAAGUCGUAUACUUCACCGCUCUCUUCCCGUACGUCGUCCUGGUAGCACUUUUCAUUCGAGGUAUUUUACUUCCUGGCGCCAGCGAGGGAAUACUCUUCUACCUGACUCCCGACUGGAAGAGACUGAUGUCUGCGAAAGUGUGGGGAGACGCCGCCGUGCAGAUCUUCUUUGCCCUUAGUCCAGCCUGGGGUGGCUUGAUUACACUGAGCUCGUACAACAAGUUCACCAACAACUGCUACAAGGAUUCUCUGAUCGUUGCAAUCAGCAACAUCGGGACGUCUUUCUUCGCAGGCUUGGUCAUCUUCUCGGUGAUCGGCUUCCUCGCUCAUGAGCUUGACGUACCAGUGGCAUCGGUGGUGGAUCAAGGCGCUGGUUUGGCUUUCAUCGUUUAUCCGGAGGUCGUGGCUCGUUUGCCGGUCGCACCCGUCUGGUCGCUGCUCUUCUUCAUCAUGCUACUCACAUUGGGUCUCGAUUCUCAAUUCGCUCUCAUGGAAACGGUGACCACGGCGAUACUCGACGGCAUCCCCGCGCUGAGAAGUUACAAAAUCUGGGUUGUUCUGGGAGUUGCGGUGGUCGGCUACGCCGGUGGCAUCAUUUUCACCACUAACGCCGGCAUGUACUGGCUACAGCUGAUGGAUAAGUACGCGGCCAACUGGUCGGUUUUGUUGAUUGCCAUAAGCGAGUGCAUUUUAGUGGCGUGGGUGUACGGAGCGAAUCGAUUUCUGGACGAUGUUCAACAGAUGAUCGGACCUCGCGGCCGUUUCUGGCGAUUCUUCUGGACAUGGAUGUGGAAGGUUAUCACACCCGCUGCACUGUUCUUUAUUCUCUGUUUCAACUGGGUGGAAUACGAGCCGCUCAAAUACGGGACUUACAUCUAUCCGAAAUGGGCAGACGUGUUAGGCUGGGUUAUUAGUAUGGUUCCUGUUUUAGUCAUCGUCGGAUUAGCUAUAAAUCAACUGAAAAAACAUCGUCGACGAUCAUCCUACGACGACGAUGACGAGGAUGAUGAGGACGACGACGAUGCCGAUGAUUUAGAUAACGGUAGUCCUUGUCAAAGAAGAAACAAAGGAAAAGGUAAAGGGAAAGAUAAAAACGUGUGGGAUCGUGUGAAGAUUCUGCUGCAACCAACAUCUAAUUGGGGUCCAGCGUCAAGAAAUUCUUUGACACCUUCUAGAACUCUGGCUACACCUUCACCAGGGUGUACUGCAUAUGACUCAGUACAAAACACGAUCGUCUUGGUGAACGGACAACCGAUGAUGGUGCAACAAUCGUCCAACGCCAUCGCCAUUUCACAGAAACUUCCUGGGCCGUCGAUUCUCAAGAAUUCCAGCAAAACUGACCUGAUUACCUCGCAGCAAGUGUGACACGAUGUUCGAUUUAUGUCGAACGACGAAUCCUCAGAGGAAUCGAACCAAAGAUAGAUGUAAAAUGAAUCUAUCCUUGGUACGAACAUAUUUUCAAAGGCGCAAGUCACGAAAUAAAGAAAAUACUUUAUCGUCACUUGAUUAGAUUUUCCGCGUGAAAUUUUGGGUCUCUGACUUUCAUAAAUUAUUCUAUCGACAGUUACAUAAAUUUGGUUUGAUUUUGUUCCCAUUACCGAUUGCUCAAGAAAAAGUAAAAAAUGAGUCUGCCAUCAACUAGUGCAGUGUACUUAGAAGUCCAUUGUUUUCUUUUACAAUAUACUAUUUAAGAUUGCAAGAUUUUUAUAAAAGACGGGCUGGAAAUAUUCAGAGAUUUUA